AAACCCAAAAACUACAAUUUCUCGUAAAUUAUUCAAAUUUUCUUGAACUUUUUCCACAACUCACAAUCCCCCAACGAUGUUCAAUGCCGAAAACACCGACCAAACGUGUCAAUGCUGCCUAAAAAGUGACGAAAAUCUGAGAUUAAUUCACUCCAGCAUCGAAUUCGACAGACAAGAAACAAAAAUUGCCGAUCUUUUCAGGUGUUUCACGGAUGAUUAUCAAAUUUUUCGGGAAUUUCACGUCGGAAGUAUGAUUUGCAACGAUUGUUUGCAGCAACUUCUCAACACACAGUCCUUUUAUCAGAUGUGCGUUCAAUCAACCAAAGUGAUUCAAAUUAAACAAGACUUGGAUUUGGAGCCGGAACAGAUGCAGGAUCAAGUCUUGGAGGCAUACGAACCAGUUUUGAUCAGGAUUCCAACGCCGCCCUUGGUUGUAAUUGAUGACGACGACGAAGAAGUCGUGAGAACGCGAAAAAGUCCGAUAAAAUUUCCAGAAAAUCGAGAAAUUUCCACGCCUGAUGCCAAAAAAGUGCAAAAAAUACGAGUUAUUGUGCCUUAUCGGUUCGAAUGUUUCAAAUGCUCGUCAACGCAUAAGACGCAGACGGAUUUUUUGGUUCAUUUAGCGGAAGUGCAUGAAGCCUUAUGCAUUUUAUGUGACACUUGUGGUGCCGUUUUCAACAACCAAGUCGCAAAUAAUUCGCAUCAACUGAAACAUUUCAUCGAAAUGAACACGCGGUUCCCGUGCGGCGAGUGUGCGCAGCAAUUUCCGUCGCCGCAAGCCCUGAAAAUGCAUUCUUUCGUGCAUUCCAGCGAGAUUCUCUGUCAACUUUGCACGAAACCCUUCCACGAUUACGCGACACUCAACAAUCACUUGCAGCAACACGCGAAUCAGCGGGCACUUCAAUGCAUUUAUUGCGAUUUGGUGUUCCAUUCGGCAUUUUGCCUGAACGAUCACAUCUCGGAAGUGCACAAUGCACGACGGGUUCGUUGCUCCAUGUGUCCCGAACGAUUUGUGAGCAAAGAUUUGAUGCGACAACAUUUCGCUGAAACGCACGAAACGCCACGCGAAACGUACGACUGCAAAGUUUGCAAAAAAGUCUUUGACGAUAAAAGUGCCUUGACGAAUCACCUGCAAACGCAUCUCAGUAACGGGAAUAAAUUCAUUCCUGUGCAUACGACAACGCCAUCUGUCGUCAGAACGAACAACAAUAACAACCAUCAACGCUAUCAUGCGACGAGAAAUGUGAAAAAUCAACAAAAUAACAACAAUUAUCCGCAAAAUGGGUACAAUAACCAACGAAACGCGAACAAUUUCCAUGGAAAUCAGAGACAACAUCAACAACAAACCCAAGGAAAAGCGAAAAAACCUGUUAAACGCUUGAAUAAUAAUGUCUAUUCACGUUUGGGAUAGAAAAAAACAACUUUUUAAUCAUCAUCUCUUUUGAAAUUCAGGAAAAAAUUAAUAAUUAUAAAAAUUAUUUCAUUAGGU